AUGUCUGACCUAUCCGAUGUGGGCAGCGACUACUACGACUCCGACGAUGCGUCUAUGGUCGACGGCACGAACGACUCUGACUUCGAUGAUGAGCCCCUCCCGCAACCCAAGGGCAAGAACAAGAUUCGGGAGGUCGAGCACAAGAGCUACUCGACCGCGCAGCUGCAAGGACUGGUGGAGAACGACAUUAGCCAGGUAGCUAGUAUUGUCGGACUAGAGUCGCCCAUCGUCUCCAUUCUCCUGCGCCAUUUCAACUGGAACAGCGACCGCCUCAUUGAGAAGUUCCUCGACUCCGCCGCACUCGUCCUGCAGGACGCGGGCGAACCUACGCCGGACCCUGCGAGCCACAGCAUGGGCCCGCCACCCGCGAAGCGCAUCCGCCUCGACUCGCCGAGCGCGCCCGCCCAAUUUGUGUGCGGCGUAUGCUGCGACGACAGUCCUGCCGCAGUGUUCCGCCUGCGGUGCCAACAUGUGUUCUGCGAGCCAUGUUGGCAGGAGUACGUCUCAUCAAAGAUCAAAGACGAGGGUCAAUGCCUGUUCCGGUGCAUGCACGACGAGUGCCGUACCGUCGUCGACGGCCCAUCCGUCGCUAAGCUCGUCGAGCCAAGCGUGAACGAACGAUAUAAGGAGCUCGUCCGACAGUCGUACGUAGGGGCGCACCCACGCCUGCGCUUCUGUCCCCACCCUGGAUGCACGGAGACUGUCUCGUGUGCGUCUGGGACAGGAUCAUCCCUGCUCACGGAGGUGCCGACUGUGAAGUGCGGGAUGGAGCACGUCUUCUGCUUCGGGUGCGGAAUGGACUCUGACCACCGCCCGCUCACCUGCAAGCUCGUGAAGACGUGGCUGAAGAACGCGCGCGACGACGCGGGCACUUCGCAGUGGAUCAAGGCCAAUACGCGAACGUGCCCGAAGUGCGAGAACAACAUCGAGAAGAACGGAGGCUGCAACCGCAUCCUCUGCCGGCACUGCCAGUAUCAGUUCUGCUGGUUAUGCAUGAAGGACUGGAACGUGCACGGGUACAACAACGAGGUGUGCAACGUGUGGAAGGAGCCCGAGCCGGACGCGUCGUCCGCGGCGGCGAAGCAGAACCUCGAGAAGUGGCUCUUCUACUUCGACCGGUUCAACAACCACGAGCUGUCCGCGCGCCUCGACGAGGAGCUCUGCACGCGCACGGAGGAGAAGAUGGUCGAGUGGCAGGAGCGGAGCAAGAUGUCGUGGAUCGAGUCGACGUUUAUGCGCGACGCGGUUGAUGAGCUCACGCGCUGCCGCUCGACGCUGAAGUGGACGUAUGCGAUGGCCUACUUCCUCGUCGCGGGAAACCAGAAACAGAUCUUCGAGGAUGUCCAAGCUGAUCUGGAGAAGGCGGUGGAGGACCUCUCACAGCUGCUCGAGGAGCCCGUAGAGGCGGACAGCGUGAAGAGCAUCCGCCAGAGAAUGAUGGAUAAGACCGUAUACGUGCGCACACGGCACGAGAUCGUCCUGCGGGAUACCGCGGAAGGCCUGGCGGAGGGCCGGUGGGAGUGGAACACCACUUCGGAGUGAGCGCAGAGGCGAAGAACGUUAACAAUUACAUGAUACCCCCAGCCACGGUUGUACAGCAUUAAACGCCCGAAACAGUUCUAUAAGCACGAAAUAGAUUAUGC